AUGGCCCCGACCUUCGGCGCAUCCACCACCCAACAACAGCGCGAGAAUGCCCGUCUGGAGCGUGAGCGGGAAAGGCUGGAGAAGGAAAGGCUGGAGCGGGAAGAGCAGAAUCAGUUGACGGAAGAGCAGAGGGAGGAGAUCAAAGAAGCUUUCAACCUCUUCGACCUAGACAAAGACAACAAAAUCGACUACCACGAACUCAAAGUCGCCAUGAAAGCCCUCGGCUUCGACCUCCCCAAGUCCGAAAUCCUCUCCAUCCUGCAAACCCACGGCUCCCCUUCCGCCCCCCCUCCUCCGCCCACGUCCUCAAACAACAACAACAACAACCAACAAUACGCGCACAGCAAUUCCCGCCUCCUCCUCCCCUUCCCGCAAUUCCAGACCGUGAUGGCGCAGAAGAUACUAGCGAGGGAUCCCAGGGAGGAAAUUCUCAGGGCGUUCGAGCUGUUCGAUGAAGGGGGAAAGGGGAAGAUCAAUCUGAGCGAUUUGAGAAGGGUGGCGAGGGAGUUGGGGGAGGGGUUGGAGGAGGAGGAGUUGGCGGCUAUGAUUGAGGAGUUUGAUCUGGACGGGGAUGGGGCGAUUGAUCGGGAGGAGUUUUUGGGGAUUUGUUUGCAAUGA